CGAAAUGUAUAAAACCGCCUCUUUAAUUACAAUUUUCCAACCGAGGGGAGCUUUUAUUUUGUAGAAAAUAGAACCGGAACCUGCAAGCCUUAUUACGGCCAGCACGAGAGCUUCCAGCGAACACGCACAGUUCCUUGGCCAAUAUGGCGGCGACUUGACGACGGCAGCGGGAUGAAGAGGGUGAGGGCUUGAAAAAGCAAAGAGGUCCGUCACAGGCUGUGGGCCUAUCCGUCGACACCGAGCCCAGACCAUGUUGGAAGACGACAGCUGCCGCAGCGUAGCGCGACCGAGGUGUCGGUGAGCGUGUGGAUAACUAUAGACGCCUUCGCGAGGCCCGGCAAGAGGGAGAGGAGGAGCGCAGCGGUGUGCGGCUCGUCUCGUCUCGGCUCGGCGCGGGGCUAGCACAGCGGCGGCUUCCCCCGGUCCGGUCAGCCAUGGAGGAUUCGGCCCAGGCUUGCCAGCGUCUAAUUUGCUACCCGGCCCACGCUCAGUCGGAUGGGAAUUAGCCGCGGAGGCCAAGGCAAGCCGGGACAAGCCACCAGCCGACACCUGAAGGGGGAGGAACGCGAAGCGGACCCCACGUCAAUGACUGCUGCGGCAGAGGAGCCGCCACGGUGGAGUCGGCCGGUUCCCAAAAUAUGACCAGGGGUGCUGGGACGUGUUGGCACCAAGAUGAUGACGAUGGCGGCUUCCAAAUCUGGCUAGAACCCCCGCGCGACAACCAAAAGCCAUUCACCGACUCCGAGAGGGCGCAGAGAUGGCGACUGUCCUUGGCAUCCCUCUUGUUUCUCACCAUCCUCCUCUCUGAUCACCUGUGGUUCUGCGCCGAGGCCAAACUGGCCAGGACCCGGGACAAGUUGGGAUCCUCCAGCCUCCUCUACCCCCGGACCCAUUCAGCACAUAGCAGCCUCAGAGAAAACCCACUCGCUAUUUUUGUAGGAAACUCGAGCAAACAUUUGUGGCGGCUGGAAACUUGCCACACGGACACUUUGUCAAACACCUGCUUGACUUUCGCCGACGCCGACCAUUUGUGCAGGGGCCUCUCCGCUAAGGAGGGCACGCCGGCGGUCAACAUGAGCGAUUUGUACCUCUCCUUUUGUAACUCCUACUCGCUGCUGGAUUUGUUCGGCGGCUCGACCAGUCCGGACAAUUUGAACUGCAGCCUGGACGUGCUCGGCGACGGCGACGCGACCCGAUGCAGCCUGUGCGUGCAGGCGUACCAGCGCUACGACCAGCACGCCCAGGAGAAGUACGACGACUUUGAGCUCCUCACGAGGAAAUACGAGCCGACCGAGUAUUCUGUAAGGACGUGCAUGGAGCAGUGCAAGACGGCCUACAAACCGUGGCUGUGCGCUCAGUAUUUCCCCACCAUGCAGCAGUCGUGUCAAAGAAAGGUAUCGUGCCACCAGUACUGCUUGGAGGUCCAGCAGAGCUGCCCGUUCAUCCUGCCGGACAACGACGACUUGAUCCACGGCGGCAGCCCCAGUUUCAUCUGCACAGGACUCUUGAGAGAGCAUCCAUCAGAGAGCAAGGCGGAGUGCUGCGACGUCCGAUGGGACUCCAACAUGGACGGCCCCUCGGGCGAGACGCUAAAAAGGACUGCCUCCUCCUGCCGGCCCAAGGGGGCCUCGGUCACCUCCACCGCAACCCCGAGACUGUGCAGCGGGCGGCUGAAGAUCUGCUUGCUGGCACUCGUCCUCCUGCACACCGUCAUCAUCAUCUCGGCCUCCCAUAACUCGACUUUGGCGGGCACGGCCGUCACCUUGUCACCGGAGAAGAGCGAGGAUUGAAUAUCGGCAUUGGCCCGAGGCUUAAGGGGUUUGUUGCUUUUGCAAAUGUCACGGUCGGGGGAUAUGGCCGGGAUCGCCCCCAACCUCCCCAAAAAACAAAAAAAAACACCCAGCACAGGAUGCGGGAGGGCUUUUAUUGAAGCUCGGAGUGGACUGGACCCGCCCACUUAAAGAAGUGACCUCUUACCACUUAAAAAAACGGCUCGUUGUUUCUAUUCCAGCCAUAUGUUUCGGAGCAUCUUGUGCCUCCACCUCUCCCCUCCUUUCGUUUUUUGUUUUUUUCUGUGUUUCUGUGUCUGGAUUGCACGUGGAAAUGGAGGGUGCGCGCCCCUGCUUGUCUCUACAUUCCACUUUUUGAGCCUUUCUUUUGAUGACUCCGCCUUGUUUCCGCUUCCUCUUCCUUUCGACCUUCCAAUAACACUCGCGUGGGUCUUUCAAAAAAAAAAAUUCAGCCCGUCGAUAUUUUCCUCAACUCUUCCCCCUCCCUACAUGCCUCGACAGUUUGGCCCCUCAAGUGCACUCAGAUUUAAGAUAAACGGCACCAGGCAGUGACCCCCCCCCCCCCCCCCCCCCCCGGCCAGUGUUAAAUUUUACCUCGCGGAUGGCAGCGGUGCGGCCCGGUAGUCCAGUGGUUAGCACGUCGGCUUCACAGUGCAGAGGUACCGGGUUCGAUUCCAGCUCCGGCCUCCCUGUGUGGAGUUUGCAUGUUCUCUCCGUGCCUGCGUGGGUUUUCUCCGGGUGCUCCGGUUUCCUCCCACAUUCCAAAAAAUAUGCGUGGCAGGCUGAUUGAACACUAUAAAUUGUCCCUAGGUGUGAGUGUGAGUGCGAAUGGUUGUUUGUUUCUGUGUGCCCUGCGAUUGGCUGGCAAGCGGUUCAGGGUGUCCCCCGCCUACUGCCCGAAGACAGCUGGGAUAGGCUCCAGCAACCCCCGCCGCCCUUGUGAGGAUAAAGCGGAUCGGAAGAUGAAUGAAUGAAAAAAAGGAUGGCAGCGGUGGCACUCAAGUGGCAAAAGCGCUUCAUGAACUUGACAUCCGUCGACAUUGUCGGAAUGAAAAAAAAGGGUGUGUGUGGGGAGCUGAAAACUGGAAAGUGGUUGAAACCAAAACCCCGGGGGGGCCUCAUUUAUCAACAUGGCAAUACACACCAAGUUAUUUGUUGAGCCAUUUCCAUCACACACAAAAUCAAUCCUUAUUCACGUGUGUGUGUGCGUUUAUAAUUUUCGCUCUUCUUGCUACUGCGCAUCGCUCUUAUUUUGCCUCCUUUGCACUUUGACACGAGCAGUAUUUACAAUCAUGUAUUUUGAACAAGGUAUAUUUGACAGCGGAGAACCUUUCCAGCGUCAUCUCAAAUCACAUUUGGCCACAAAAUCGUAACAUUUUAACACCCAUCUCAAAAUGCUUAGGUUAAACGUUUUCCUUUAAAAAAAAUAAAAAUAAUACUAAAUCGUUUUUCUCCCAAUGGCAGUGUGUUACAUUUCAAACAAAUACAAAAAUACAGUUGUGCCUUGCAAUGCGAAUGACCCAAUUUAUUUGACCAGAUAUCGGCCAUUUUGUUGAUGUUUUUUUUCCUUCUUUUAAUUAUAACUUGCCUGCAAAAAAUAAUAAAAAAUGGCGAUACUACUGCUGGAUGGCGACAGUGAAGUUUACAGCUUACUUCACAACAAGUAGUAGUUGGGCAGACAAUCAGCAAUUCUUCUUUUUAUUGCCACUCACUUAAAGUUUACUGUCAAACUAAACAUAAAACAAAGAGAAUUACAUAUUGUAUACUUAAAGCAACCGCAUCACUUUGCCUUUAAGUUGGGGGGAAAUGUCAUAGACGGACUAACGAAUGGAAUCCACGUGGCAGGGUUUUAACGACUUAAAGAACAGUGAUUUGAACACAAAUGGUGCAGCAACACAUCUAGGCAAACUCACAGGCGCAUACAGGGGGGACUUGCCAAAGGAUUCUGCCCCCUUGAAGUUUUGGACCUUUUGCCAACGUUUUUAGGCAGCAAACAUAUCGAUGUAAAAUUUUGGAAUUUGUCGUGAAAAAUCAACACCAAGUCGGGGACACCAUUGUGAAGCGCUGCAAAAUUCAUAUGAUUCGGCCCCUUCAAUGUCACUGUAGACAACUCACUCCAGAAGUACACUGAGGAUUUCAGAGUGAUCCGGUGUUGGGGG